AUGGGAGCCUAUAAGUACAUGCAGGAAUUAUGGAGGAAGAAGCAGUCGGACGUGAUGCGAUUCUUACUGCGGGUCCGCUGUUGGCAGUACCGCCAGCUCUCGGCUUUGCACCGGGCUCCACGGCCGACCAGGCCUGACAAGGCCCGCAGACUGGGUUACAAGGCCAAGCAGGGUUAUGUUAUCUAUCGGGUGCGGGUUCGUCGUGGCGGCCGCAAACGUCCUGUUCCCAAGGGUGCGACCUACGGUAAACCAGUGCACCAUGGUGUCAAUCAGUUGAAGUUUGCACGAAGCCUUCAAUCUGUUGCUGAGGAGCGAGCUGGUCGACACUGUGGAGGGCUGAGAGUGCUCGCCUCGUACUGGGUAGGUGAAGAUGCCACAUACAAGUUCUUUGAGGUUGUUCUCAUUGAUCCAUUCCACAAAGCGAUCCGUCGCAACCCUGAUACUCAAUGGAUCACAAAGCCUGUACACAAGCACAGAGAGAUGCGUGGCCUAACAUCUGCUGGCAAGAAGAGUCGCGGUUUGGGCAAAGGUCACAAAUACCAUCUUACUAUUGGAGGCUCUCGUCGUGCUGCAUGGAGAAGACGCAAUACACUGCAGCUCCGUCGCUACCGUUAAUGUGUAGUAUCUGUAUAUUUUACAUAAAUAAAUUGGGAGUUUUCCUGUA